GCUACCAGGCCUGUGGUCAGCUCGUGCUGCUUCGUGCCCCGUUCUCGCUGCACUUCCCACGGUCCUUUCUCCGUGUCCCCUUCAUCAGGCGCACGGCUGUGCGGCUGCGCGCGGUUUUCCGUGGUUUGGUGCUUCCCGCGACUCGGCACAUUCUUCCAGCCUGAGUGCGGCGUGGACUCGGCCCAGAGCCAGUGGACGCGUAGGUGACAGCCGCCCCGGAGGUCGCCGGAGUCGAGGGCGCCAUGGAGGAGCCUCCUGUGCGCGAGGAGGAGGACGGGGAGGACGACGAAGGCGCCCUGGCCAAGAGCCCCCUGCAGCUGACCACCGACGACGUGUACGACAUUUCCUAUGUGGUCGGCCGCGAGCUGAUGGCCCUGGGCAGCGACCCCCGCGUCACCCGGCUGCAGUUCAAGAUCGUGCGUGUGAUGGAGAUGCUGGAAGCACUGGUGAACGAGAGUAGCCUGGUGGCCGAGGAGCUGCGGAUGGAGAGGGACAAUCUCAGGCAGGAGGUGGAGAAGCUGCGGAGAGCUGGUGCGUCUGGAGGCCAGGUGAACUUGGGACCAGACAAAAUGGUAGUGGAUCUGACAGACCCCAACCGGCCCCGCUUCACCUUGCAGGAGCUGAGGGACGUGCUACAGGAGCGCAACAAGCUCAAGUCGCAGCUGCUGCUGGUGCAGGAGGAGCUGCAGUGCUACAGGAGUGGCCUGCUUCUACCCAGAGAAGCUCCGAGAGGAGGAAGAGAGAAAGAUGCUGUGGUUACCAUGGGCAACAGUGAGAAGGAAGAGAGGACCAUCAUGAAGAAGCUGUUCUCUUUCCGGUCAGGGAAGCAUACCUAGACUGAAGGCCGUGGCCACGAUGGUGACCCUCUGACUGGAGAAGACAAUUGCCAAGAUCUCUCUGUGCCAUGCUUGUGCUCUGGGCUUGCACACUCGUUUCCCCUCAGAGCAGUUAAAGGAAGAUGUUCUUCUCAUGCUCCCCAGGGACAGAGCUGGACAGCCACCAAUACCAGGACUCCAAAGGAACACAGCAUGGCCACAUCCUGCCUCCACACAUGGAGAGGCCUCUGGCCUACAGCCUGUUCCGGCGUCAGCGAGAAUCUGGUCAUUAACAUGUGGCAGAGAGAGACAAUCGUGGGAAAAUACGGAACUGACGUCACCGAUAUUUGGUGAAUACUUUUUUUCUCAUGCAACUUUAUAUGACUUUUGUAUUAAAAGUAAAAUGGCCUUUAU